CUUGAAGUAAACGAAUGUGUUUUCGCGUACGGUUGAGCGCGAAUUUCCGAAACAUAAACGGUGUGCGUGAGCGUGUGUGUUUUGUGUUGUGUAGGCCAAAUAGCAAACGGCCACCAAUGCAGAAACAAAAUACAAGUGUGCAAAUGCAAAGAUUUCUAAAUAGUGAAAAUAAGCGUAAGGUGAAGCAAAAAUUUGGAAAUAUAAUGAAUGUAAUUUUGAAGUUGAAGAGCUGAUUGGAAUUAUUUACUAAAAUUUGUGGAAAACUGUGUGAAAAGUGCUCGUGCGCAGGCAAAAUAGCACGUAAAUUGUACGAAAGCAGUUAACAGUAGAAGUGCGGUGUACGAAGAAGCUGUAAAGGAAUAGUGGAAAAGCUGACACUGGAAAACGCUGUACGCUUACCAUAUUUUACAGUAUAAUACAAUGAAUGCUGAUGUUUUUUAUUUAAGUUUUUUCGUGUAAAAACAGUGCAACGAAACGCCAAAAACCAACAACAAGAAUUGUGUAAAUGCCGCGGCCAAAAAUUAAUAAAAAUAAUAAUAAAAAAAACAAUUAAAAAAUGAGUGAUGAAACGAAAUGCCAAAACAAGUUCGGAAAAUCAAAGAAUUCCACAGCGGCUGCGUGUCGGUGAAGACGAAAUGUGCGCGCAAUAAAGACGAAGCGAGUGUGUCGCGAACUGAACGUUGCGGUGUAAACGUGUGCGCGAGCGAGUAAACGAACGUGUGCGCGUAGCGGCGAGUUGCCAGCACAAUUGCAAUAAAAACAACACUGCGAAGUAAUUUCUGUGUGUGCGUGUGUCGUGUACGGGAAAAAGUGCAACGACAGUCGUUGCAGCAACAAUAACAACGCAUGCACAAUAAGCAACGAGCAGCGCAUUACAAAAACAAAUUGGCGAGUUCGCUGCAAAGGAAUGUGAAAUAAAAGCAAAACACUAAGAAUAAAGUGUAAAUUGCAAUAAAAAGCAAUGAAGAUGAAUUGAUCAGCAACAUUAUUAUUUUUCAUUUUGUGCUUUAAAAAUCGUUAAUUUCAAUAAAAUCAAUCACAUUCUUUCAAUUUCAAUCCCUGCUUGAAAUUAUGAAGAAUAAUCAAACAAAAAACGCCAACAACAAUAACACCAUUAAUAACAACAAUAACAACAACAACAAGAAUCUAAAUUACCUAAAUAAUAUCAAUAAGAAAUUCAAUAAUAACAACAAAACAACAACAACGACAACAAUCGCUAAUAGCAACAACGCAAAACUGCACAAUAAUAACAACAAUAAUACUAAUAAUAAAAAUAAUAAGAAGAAGAAUAGCAAUAAGCGCACUCUACGAUUGGGUCGUAAUAAAAUGGGCGGCCGCAAGGAUGUGCGUCGCGGCCUCGAGCCACUAGAAUUCGAGGAAUGCAUUGUCGAUAGUCCAGAGUUUCGUGAUAAUUUGAAUCGCCACGAAAAGGAACUGGAUCACACUAGUCAUCAAAUCAAGCGUAUUAUUAAGGAGGUGAAAGAUUUGAUGAGUGCCGCUAAAGUACUUUCCACCCGCAUGAAACAAUUGGCCCACUUAAUGGACGAUUUCAAUUUCGAAUGCAUUGGCACAGCGCAAACAGAUGACGAGAAUGUCAUUUGCGAAAGUCUGAAACAUUUCGCCGCCAUAAUUGGAACCAUCGAAGAUGAGCGAGAAAAAAUGCUGACGUUGGCGGAUCAACACAUCAUUAUGCCGCUGGAGGAGUUUCGGAAGAAACAUAUUGGCGGCGUGAAGGAGAACAAGAAAAAGUUCGACAAGAAGACGGAGAAAUUUUGCCAAACACAAGAACGUUUCCUGAAUAUGUCAACAAAAAAGCCCGAGAACACGAUACAAGAGGCGGAUGCCAGUCUGGGUAUGCACGAACGUGAAUAUGUACAGGAGUCCUUGAGUUACGUGCUACGCAUACAGGAAGUGCAGGAGCGCAUCAAAUUUGAGUUCGUUGAAAUUCUGCUUGGCUUCAUCUCCGGCUGGUUGGUAUUCUAUCACACGGCGCACGAGCAGGCGGAGGACAAUCGUGAUUACCUGCAAGAUUUACGGCAUAAAGUGCAAAAGACGCGCGAGAACUUCGAAGGCACUCGAGAGAAAGUCACUGAACUGAAGACAAAAUAUAUGGAAAAGAGAACGAAACCGGAGGAGAAAUUCACAAAACGUGGCUAUUUAUUUUUGAUGGAAAAAAGCUCGAUUUUGAAAAUCUCUCUUCUAGAACCCUUCAAAGCAACAUGGACGAAAUACUAUUGUACAUACAAGAAACAAAAGAAGGAAUUCACAAUGCUGCAAUUCAAUCAGAUGAAUCACAGUUCCACACGGCCUGAGGGACGUGAAGAGGAGAAACUAACAUUAUACUCGUGUCAUCCGCGCAAUUCGGAAUUUGAGAAACGUUUCUGCUUCGAUUUAACAUUCAAAGAGAAACCGGGUAUUGUUUACACAUUUCAAGCGCUCAGCGAGGACGAUCGGCAGGCGUGGGUGAAAGCAAUGGACGGCACCGAAUCGACCUACUUUGCUCCAGGCAAAGUGAAGGCUGGCGAGGAAUAUCAGUUGGAUGACAUGGGCUUCGCUUUCGUGCGCCGUUGCAUCGAUGUGCUGGAGAAGCGUGGCCUCGAGGAUGAGGGUAUUUACCGCAAGAGCGGUGUCGGUACGAAGAUUUCCAAACUCCUAUCAAUGGGUAUGGAUCACAAGAAGGCGGAUAGCGUUUUUAACGAUGAACAGUAUCGUGAUCUCAUGGAGAGCAACACCAUAGCGAGUGCAUUGAAGACGUAUCUGCGCAAUUUAAAUGAGCCGCUGAUGACCUAUCGUUAUCACAGCGGCUUCAUCGAGGCGGCAAAACAAGAGAGCUUGAAUCAGCGCGUGCACGAGGUGCAUAAAUUAGUACACAAGCUGCCGCCGGUCAACUUCGAAAUGCUGGAUCUGGUUAUUAGACAUUUAACAGAAGUGUCACGCAAAUUCGAAAAGAAUAAAAUGUCGGUCUUCAAUCUGGGCGUUGUAUUCGGUCCGACACUGUUGCGGCCCCAGGAGGAGACUGUUGCUGCCAUAUUGGACAUCAAGUUCAACAACAUUGUUAUAAAUAUUUUAAUUGAGAAUUAUGAUCGUAUCUUUAAGAGUGACCCUAGCGCGCCACUGCUAAGCGCACCCAAUCCCACUAGUCCGCCGACGCGUGUACCACGCGCCAGUCAAGCCGGCAAGUCGCCAUCAGCGGGUGGCGUUGGCAGUGUAGGCAACGGUGCACGCACAUCCAUGUAUUCGCCGCAACAACAAGUAUACCGGCUGGUGACCAAGUCCAACUUUACGGAUCCACCGAUGUCAUCGAGUUUACAAAACAUUCCAAACGGCCUAAUCUAUUCGCAUGGUAGUGGCGGCGGUGGCGGCGGUGGAGGAGGUGGUAGUGUUGGCGGCAUUAACCCGACGAACCGCACAAACGGCGGCGUUGUUAGCGGACAUACCACCAACGGCAGCGGCCCGAAGAGCCUUGGCAUGAGCGUCAAUAUGGGUAGCGUGAAGAAUAUACAUUCCAUGUCGCAGAGUGACAUCAGCGUGCGUAGUUUGCGUGGCGGUGGCGGUGGUAGCGCUGUGAAUAGCAGCGCCGCUGAUGCCGUCUACGGCAUAUUGGGUGGCGGUACAAAUGGUUCCGGCUUAACGGCACACCAUGCCACGCCCGCGAAUGCCACACAACUGCGUCAAGAUUAUCUAAUGGCCACCGCUACGCCGGCGUCUACCGGUGUGAUUAGUGGCGGGGGCGGUAUUUAUUCCACGGCCUCGGCGGGCAGUACGACACGUUUGAACAUGAACAACGUUUCCCCACCGACGAUAUCAAUGCGCACUGAGGCGUUAUACGGCUCGACGGCGCUGACGGGAGGCGGCGGCGGCGGAGGCGGAGGUGGUGGUGGUGGUGUUGUUGGACAGUCGCAACACUCCCGCAUGUCGUACGCGCAGGCAAAACACUACUCGCCGGUGGCAGCGGCUGCCUCCACAUCUAGUUCCAAUGAGAGUGUCUGUGAUUCUUUAUCGUCGGCCAAUGGCAUCGGCGGUGGUAGCAAUAAUGGCAGCCGCUUGUUGGGCGGUUCAUUGGACUACGCGCCACAUGCUUCGCAAGCGUCCUCGCUGUCGACGCUAUUGGGCUCCACCUGCGACGAUGUGGUAACGGCAACGGCGGCACCAUCUAUAAUUGGCGGUGGCGGCAGUUCGCCGAAAGAUGUCGAGUAUGUGCCGGUCAAGGCGCACCGCAACAAGGAAAUACAUCGAGAGUUGAAUAUGGGCACAGCGCGCGUGCGCACAUUAUACGCGUGUAUGGGCGAAAGCGAGGGUGAACUGUCCUUCGAGCCGAAUCAGAUCAUCACUAACGUGCGUUACUCACAUGAACCGGGUUGGCUGCAGGGCACGCUUAACGGUAAAACGGGACUUAUACCACAGAACUACGUCGAACACUUGAAACCAUACCACUAGAACUAGUUAUGAUCACCGUUAGAUAUAUGUAUAUUUGAUUACAAUCACAGAUAUCUAGUAAUCCAUAUAUUUAUAAAUAUAUGGGUGUUUAAGCCGUUUUGUAUGUGUAUGUAAACUAAUGAAGAAUGCCGUUAGUUUAAGUGACGGCAAGCAUUUGAAAAUUGGUGUGAUGUAACAGUAAAAGUACGUAAAGUGCUUGUAGUUAAUUAGUUGCGUAAGUAGCAUUAAAAAAAAAAAAAAAAAAAGCGCAGAAUCGG